AGGGCGUAUUAACUUUCCUCAACAACCUUCUAUGAUCCCAUUCGUUUUUUUGUGCUCUUCUGAGUGGAUCGUCUCUGUCUUCACGUUUCCCUGCUCGCCCUCACCCCCGCUUUGUCCCUGCUCUAGUACUGGAGUAGUUGCUCGUUCCAACAAGAUUACCGGUACCGCUUUAUCCGCCACUCAGUAAACCGCCAUCUUCAAAUCUCCCUGCCGAUCACUCCGCUGCGAUGCGCAUCUUCGAGCUGGGAACCCCAAACCCCCAAGAGCCUUCAAUUCUCAAUACGAGCACCACUCCUCCAGCCUCCACCAAAUCGCCGCCUCUCUCAUUACCCGGUGAGUUGAUUUGUCUGGUCCUGGACUUUCUGUCACCGCGAGAUCAGGAGACACUUGCUGCUGUGUGCAAGGUUAAUCGGCAGUGGUACUUUGCUGCCAUUCCUUACCUGUAAGCCCCGCGAUUUGUGAAAACCCGCGAGAAAUCUGACAAUAGGCAGUUAGCCCGGAAUGCUGAUUGAACGCCUGCUUUUUAUUUCUACAGAUAUCGUUAUCCAAAAAUCACAUCGUUAAACUACACUAAAUUUAUAACCACUAUCUGCCCCUCAGGUACUCAUGUCAAGCCUUCGAGAUUUGCUGGAUUGGUAAAGCGUAUCAACCUAUCUCGCAUUGUCCAUGAUAGCAGUCCGUCAUCAAAUGCGAGGCUUUUGCACCGUACUCAGGGAUCACUGGAAGAAUUUGUUGCCCCGCAGGCUUCCUUCGGAUAUGCGGCUUUGGUAGCUGUCAGAAACUGCAAGCAGCUCCGUCUACUCGACUUAUCUCUCGUCUCGCAACCAAUUAAGCUCGAGUCACUCUUUCAGAAUAUUCAGGAUCUUCCCCAUCUAGUGACCCUCUAUUUUCCCCGAUCCUCAACACUAGAUAAUAGCAAGUCAACUUUCAACUGGCCGCCCCGCCUCGAACGUUUCUCACUCGCGGGGAGGAUUGGUGAUUCGUUCUUGAUCAACACCUGUCUCCCGUCCACCCUCCACGAGCUGCAGAUAGCGCAUUGUCCAUUUGUGAAGGACACAUCGAUCAAGUAUCUACUAAAUAGGUCGUCACACCAACUCACCGUCUUGAGCAUUAACUAUCACAUCCCUUGUUUGGGGUUCAAUGCCUUUGACAGAGUUCUCAACAUCUGCCCUCACCUGGAGAAGCUCACUAUCGCUGUGGAUUAUGUAUCAGCACACUUGUUUGACGAAGAGAAUACGCCGUCAGGGCACCCACUCCGCUGGCUCGAUUUAGAAUCCUCCGGCAACCCAGGCGUUGAGAAAAAAAUCACUCCAGAUGACGUUUUCAUUGCUAUCGCCGAAGAACGCCUAAGCGAGCUACGCGUGGUCCGCGCGAGUAAGAGGCUCGGGUGGGAGGAGAGGAACUCGAGGCGCAUGAUGAUGGACCUCAACGAGCUCUUGGAAACACGGGCAGAACAUCUGGGUGAGACGGGUGCCGGUGUUUGGAUCUUUGAAAGCGAGUACUCUGGCAAGGGCGAGGCGUUCAGGGGGUUCCUGAGGUAGGUGUUACUCUUCCUCCAGCAACGGGGAAAGGUGAUUGAAUUGGUGAUGUACUGCAUGUGCGAAUGUGGAU